AUGCCUGGCUUCAUGCGGAAGCUGCGGGAUAUCCAUCGGGGAAGGCCCAUCAGCGCCAAGUUAGCUCCAGCUGAGCCUCCGCAGGAGUUUCUCAGCUCGCGUCCAAUGAGCGCGCAGGUACCAGCAUCGCGCUUCAAGGCAAGAGACAAGAACCGGAGCACAGCACCUCCUAGGAAGGAGGAGAAGAUCAGGAGGAGGAGGAAGAGGAUUUCUUCGAGAGACCAACUCAGCUCAACGCUCAAGGAGAUCAGGAGCUCGUCUCCUCAGAGUGGCACCAGCGAAGUCAGCCUUGGGGAGAGCGUCAGCACCGUGCAGGAGGCAGAGAGCAUGUCGGACUUGGACGAUGAGUUGCUGGACACGUCGGAACUGGCGGAGGAUGAGACUGAAGAUACGGACUCGACCGCAGACAGCCAAGUAAGAGGAGGAGAGGAGGAAAAGGAAGAGGAGGCAACGUUGCAAGAGAACGAUCGGUCGAGGAUCGCGGAGUGGGAGGAACAGCUCCGGCAUGAGCUUGAAAUCUUUCUGAAAAAGCCCGUGAGGAAUGUGGAUCCUACCACUCCUCUUGGGAAGAGAAUGAGGCUGGUGAGGGUCGGACAGCCGCUGGAUGAGAGAUGGGAGAUGGAGCUCAGGGCAAGGCAGGGGAUUGAGAUCAGGAGGCUACAGAACAAGAGCCCGCAGCUGGCGAUGCUUAUGCGAGGCUUCCUGUGGUUUCAGAGCUUCAUGGACUUGCGGUGGAGGAAGCAGUUCUUCUACGUGACCCCCGACUGCGUGCUCCGGUGUCGAGCCUCCGCCAACCAGCCCGACGUCCCCCAGGACGUGGAGCUGAAGAUCUUCAACGUGGUGGACAUGAGCGACAGGCUGAUAAAGUCGGAGGAGUACCUGGUGUCCUUCUCGACCACCAGCUACAAGUUCAACGAGUUCUUGCCGCACCAUGAGAAGACGUUCAAGCUCGUCACUAGAGAGACUCCUCAAUCGUCUCCUCAGGUGCUGCUGCUGCUGCUGCUGCUACUGCUGGCCCCCAGACUCUAG